UGGAAUAGAUGGUCACCAUGUUUGGAUACUAGGAAUUACUUAGAUAUAUUUCUGCAUUUGAAAAUGGCAGAGGGAAACAACAAUGAAGAGAUAAUUCACUUGAACAGCUUUCACUGCCACCGGGGACAAGACUGGAUCAAUAUCAGAGAUGGGCCCAUCACCAUAUCUGACUCCUCUGACGAGGAAGGGAUUCCAAUGCUGGUCACCCCAGCUCCUCAGCAACCUGAAGAAGAGGACCUAGAUGAUGAUGUCAUCCUGACGGAAACAAAUAAACCUCAGACAUCACGACCCAAUCUCAUCAAACCAGCUGCCCAGUGGCAAGAUCUGAAAAGAUUGGGAGAAGAAAGGCCUAAAAAGUCUAGAGCAGCAUUUGAAUCAGAUAAGCGCAGCUAUUUUUCAGUGUGUAACAACCCAUUAUUUGAUUCCGGGGCACAGGAUGAUUCUGAGGAUGACUAUGGAGAAUUUCUGGAUCUUGGGCCUCCUGGAGUCUCUGAAUUCACUAAGUCAAGUGGCCAAACAGAAAGAGAACCCAAACCUGGACCAAGUCAUAACCAAACAGCAAAUGACAUCAUCAACCCCAGAUCAGAGCCAAAAGUCAUUAUCUUGGAAGAAGCUAACCUUCAUUUUCCAGAAAGUGAUCCUUUGGAAAUUCAGAACCAGUCAUCUGAAGACUCAGAGGCAGAGCUUUCAUCAAAUCUUGGAGAGUCAACUGCUAUGGUUGAUGAUCAAGCCAUCGAAGAAGAUUGCUGGUUAGAUCAUCCUUACUUCCAGUCUCUAAACCAACAGCCCCGUGAGGUAACAAACCAGGUUGUUCCUCAGGAGCGGCAGUCUGUAGGAGAACUGGGCCCCUUUUUGUUUCAGCAUGAACUACAAGGGCCAGCGUUUCCAAGGCCAGCUUUUCCAAGACCAGAACCCCAGCAGGAUGGGAUCCCAGGCCCCUCUUCUCCUCAGCCUGCUCAUCCUCUAGGAGAGCUUGAAGACCAACAGUUAGCAAUAGAUGAUGAAGAACCAGGUCCAGCCUUUCCACUGCAUAGAUCUCAGGAACCAAAUUUGGAAAACAUUUGGGGACAAGAAGCUGCUGAAGUAGAUCAAGAACUCAUUGCACUACUAGUGAAAGAAACAGAAGCAAGAUUUCCAGAUGUAGCAAAUGGGUACAUUGAGGAAAUAAUUCAUCUAAAGAAUUACUAUGAUUUGAAUGUACUUUGUAAUUUUCUUCUGGAAAAUCCAGAUUAUCCAAAGAGAGAAGAUAGAAUUGUUAUAAACCCCAGUAGCAGCCUGCUUGCCAGUCAAGAUGAAGCAAAGUUGCCUAAAAUAGACUUUUUUGACUACUCUAAAUUGGCUCCUCUUGACCAGCGCUGCUUCAUCCAAGCUGCUGACCUCCUGAUGGCUGAUUUUAAAAUGCUCAGCAGUCAGGACAUCAAGUGGGCACUGCAUGAGCUCAAAGGACACUAUGCAAUCACCCGAAAGGCCUUUUCUGAUGCCAUUAAAAAAUGGCAGGAGCUAUCACCAGAAACCAGUGGAAAAAGGAAAAAGAGAAAAGAAAUGAAUCAAUAUUCUUACAUAGAUUUCAAAUUUGAACAAGGUGAUAUAAAAAUAGAAAAGAGGAUGUUCUUUCUGGAAAAUAAGCGGCGACAUUGUAGGUCCUAUGACCGGCGUGCCCUCCUUCCAGCUGUACAACAGGAGCAGGAGUUCUAUGAGCAGAAAAUCAAAGAGAUGGCAGAGCAUGAAGACUUUUUGCUUGCCCUACAGAUGAAUGAAGAGCAGUAUCAAAAGGAUGGCCAGCUGAUAGAGUGCCGCUGCUGCUAUGGGGAGUUUCCCUUUGAGGAGCUGACACAGUGCGCAGAUGCUCACUUGUUCUGCAAAGAGUGUCUCAUCAGAUAUGCCCAAGAGGCGGUCUUUGGGUCUGGAAAGUCAGAGCUCAGCUGUAUGGAAGGCAGCUGCACAUGUUCAUUCCCAACCAGUGAACUGGAGAAGGUGCUUCCCCAGACCAUCUUAUAUAAAUACUAUGAACGAAAAGCUGAAGAAGAAGUUGCUGCAGCCUAUGCUGAUGAGCUUGUCAGGUGCCCCUCCUGUAGCUUUCCUGCCCUGUUGGACAGUGAUGUGAAGAGGUUCAGCUGUCCUAAUCCUCGCUGCCGAAAGGAAACCUGCAGGAAGUGUCAGGGCCUCUGGAAAGAACAUAACGGCCUCACCUGUGAAGAGCUGGCUGAAAAAGAUGACAUUAAAUACCGGACAUCUAUUGAAGAAAAAAUGACUGCUGCUCGCAUUAGAAAAUGCCACAAGUGUGGGACUGGCCUCAUCAAAUCCGAAGGCUGCAACCGCAUGUCUUGCCGCUGUGGUGCCCAGAUGUGCUACCUCUGCCGAGUGUCUAUCAAUGGAUAUGAUCAUUUCUGCCAGCAUCCUCGCUCACCAGGAGCCCCUUGCCAGGAUUGUUCAAGAUGCUCUCUCUGGACUGACCCCACAGAAGAUGAUGAGAAGCUAAUUGAGGAAAUCCAGAAGGAAGCUGAAGAGGAACAGAAAAGAAAGAAUGGAGAAAAUACCUUCAAGCGCAUUGGGCCACCACUGGAGAAGCCCCCUGAGAAGGUGCAGAGGACGGAAGCUCUCCCACGACCUGUCCCACAGAACCUGCACCAGCCUCAGAUGCCACCCUAUGCCUUUGUGCACCCUCCCUUCCCCCUGCCACCCGUCCGGCCCAUGUUUAACAACUUCCCCCUCAACAUGGGCCCCAUUCCAGCCCCCUAUGUGCCCCCUCUGCCCAAUGUGCGGGUCAACUAUGACUUUGGCCCCGUCCAUGUGCCCCUAGAGCACAACCUGCCUAUGCACUUUGGUCCCCAGCCACGGCAUCGCUUCUGAAGGCCCAGGGCCCUGUCCCAAGCCCAACCCCUUCAGGCAUUCAGGGAGCCUAUGUGGGGCAGGGACUUCGGGAUAGAGAACCCUUCCCUCCCCCAAAGCUGAUGAUUCUAAGUAGGGGUUAUGGGUUUGGCUUUCAGAAGAAUGAGCUGAUUUUCUUCCCACUCCUUUCUUGGGAAGGGUCAUUGUUCCUUGAAGAGUGCCCACAGGUUGGUGCCCUCUAGGUAUCCCUAACAGGACUAGCUUGGCUCUCACUGGGCCAGAGAUAAAGGGACGGCAAAAUCCUCUUUCUGAAGAGCUUGCCAUCUUAGCAGCCAUUGCUGUGUCCCUGGCCAUGAGAUAGCCCUGUUCCUGCUGUAUCACUCAAGUCCCUAUGGAAAGAGACCACCAGGAAAUAAUUUGCCUCUUUUCCCCUCCCCUUUAGCAGACAACUGCUCAGAAUUAAAAACCACAUAGGCCUUCCUCACCACAGCACAGUGGGAUCCCUAAUAAAGAGAAGUAGCAAAUAGAGGAAUUUGGAGAGAGUUAGACUGCUACCCUACUGAGGCUCACCGAGAGUGGCCUUUCUGCUCCAGGCCACAGCACAGCCCACAGUUCAGGGACCCAGGGCCCCUGCUGUCCCCAACGCUUGCACUUCUCAGAGCCAAGUCCUGGGGAGCAUCACUCAGGAUGGGGAGCAGUGGCCACAGCCCUUGGGCAUUGCUGCAGCACCAAAAGGGGCCAGAUGCCGGUCCUAGAACUCAGGUACCACUGUGGAGACCACUCAGGCCCACUCAGAUCAGAGUGCAGCAGAGGACCAUCUCAUGGUGUGGGUGUUUUGUCAUUUACUUAUACAAAACUUUCUCUUGUUUGCUCAUUUGAAUUGACCCCAUUUUCUAUGGCCUGCUAGAGUUUCUCUCCCUCAACCUGCAAAUUCAGACAGAAGUAGAUUACCCCAUACCAGGCAGCUGCUAGGAUCUGGGUGGGCCUGUACGUGGCCAAACAAGGUCCUAGAGAGCUAGCUGUGAUUGAGACCUGGUUGCCCAGCUGGGCAGCCCUGUUGUUGAGAGACUUCUCUCCCACCAACCAUGAUGAACGGCUUUUCCCCUAAGAUGUUUUGGGGUGAGGAGUGGACUUCCCUGAGGGUGCAUGUGGUCCUGAGCACUGCUGGGCUGCCACCUGAGGGACAGGUUCACCCACCUGUCCAGAGGUUCUCUGAGCAGUUAUGGUGAAGGCAGGUACAGGUGACAUCCUGUAGGCUGAGGACGCCUCUUGUCUGAAGUCAGGUGAAAGUCAGCUCUGAGCCUGCUGAUCCCAUCACCUUCAGUCCUGUCUGGACCGUGUGCUGUGCAGUGGCCCAAAGCUUCCAGCUGCUCUGCCACACUCGUCAUUCUGUUGUGUUGGCCUUCCUUGUCCUUGUUGCCAUGGAGUUCAGAGAUACCGGUGACCAGGGGCCUGUGAGCUGUGCUGCAUGUGGAACCCCAACACGAGUUCUGUCCUCCUGCAGAAGGGGCCCAUGCUGUCUGAUGUGCCAGAGCAGAUGGGCCCUGUCAGUGCCAUCAGUUUCUCAGAUGUAUUUCAAGGGUUAAAGUGGAAAACAGUUCUAAGAUGCCCGUUCUUUCUGCCUUUCCUCAGGAUGAAGGCUUUAAAGACAGGUGGUGAUCUGGCCAUGGAGUGGGGACAUUGUGAGGGGCCCAGGAGCAGCUAUGCUGUGUCCACUGCCCAGGGAGUCCCUCCAUGUUGGGCUGCCAGAACUUUGCUUCUAGCCUGAAUGAUAGUGCCUUGGAAAGGCGGGCUCCACGUGGCACUGACAGGACACUAGAACCUUAAUGCCUCCUCCCAGGCUUCCCCAAGGAGGGUCUCAGAACAGAGGGCAGUAGCAGACCUCCUAGCAGAAGGGGCCGCAACCCCAGGCACUGUCUCCUCCCCCAAAACCUUGGGAACCUAGUUCUAGUUUUGCCCCCUGCCCAUCAUAUGGCUUCAUCCAGUGGCUGAGGCAGGAGAAUAGGAAUUGGCUGCUGCUAGGGCUGAAAGGACAGAUUGGGCAGGAGGCAGGUUCAAACCUCAGUAUGAGAAGACCAGAGUAAUGUCCUGGGACCAAACUUGAAGAUUGCCCUUUGCAGUGAUUUCUGGCUGUUCUAGCACACAUAGCUGUUGGGGAGGGUACUACUGCCUUUGAUUAUCAAAGGCACCUGAUUCCUAACACCCUUCCUGAGCUGGGCUGCAGGCUACAGCCACGUGAGUAACCAUCUCAGCCCUGCAGGCCUCAGCCUCAGGCCUCUGCUUCCUGUACUGGUGACAGGAUUAGAGAGCCAGAAUGGACUAGAGGUCUUCUGAGCAUCCCUCAAGUAGCUGCACAGGUCACAGUGCAGUGAGCCCAGCACAAGCAGGUGUCCCCAGGCUUGGUCCCCAGGGUGAGAGACUGCCUAGCCACAGUCCCAUUUUACUUGCCUUAAACUGGAGAGAGGAAUCUGGUAUUUGCACUUAGCAAAAGAUUUAAAAAUUGAAAAAUUCGCAUGACCUGUCACUUUGUAUAAAAUUAGCAAAAAAUUAUUAUGUAGUUUAUUAAAUUUUUUUCUUUAUCUUCUGGUAGUAAAGAUACAUAAAUCUGUUUCAACUACUGUGUGUAAAAUGCCUGUAUCAUAUGUAACUUGGACUUUUUGUAAAUAAAUGUUUGUGCACUCUGCA